CAAACAGGGUGGAGAUAUCUUCCCUUGUGUGAUAAGACAGUGGUGACGAGUCCACACUUUUGGAGUGGGAGUGGAGUGGGAGGUAGGCCAGAGUCCAGGCCACCUCUUUCCUCCACUCCACCUUCUUUUGCCAUAAAUGCAAGUUAGCAACUGUAACUCUAACACUAACACUAACUGUAACCCCACCACCAUACAACGUCAUUAACCCCUUCAUCCUUCUCAAAAAAAUCAUUCCCAUUCCCAUUACUACUAUUUACUUCUCUUUCUCGAUCUCGAUCGACAUUUUCUGGGUUCAGCUGAUACUGUUAUGAGACGAGAUGAUGAUGAUGAAAACGGAAGAAGAAACAAACUCCUCCAUUGAGGUCCAAGAUCAUUGUGCAUCUCAAAAUGAAGUUGUCAUUCCAAUUCACAAGGUAGAAGAAGAUUCCUUUGCAAUAACUGAAGAAACACCACAUUUUAAGCAUUUGAGGAGACAAAACCUAUCCCUGGACAUACCCUCAAAAACAAUAGUGGACUCUCCUCAGGGGGUUGUUCAAAUCAAGAUGCCUCCAACACCAACUCCCGCUACUAAGAAGGUAAAUUUCUUCCUCACGCCAAGCCCUUCUGAUGCUAGAAUAAGUGGGUCCCCAGGCCUCUCCUCAUGCAGAAGUAAGUCAUCCAUAAAAAACCUCCUACCAAAACUGAGCUUCAAGCACCGGAGUUCUCAGUCAGAUGCAGAGACGGCUGCCAAUCUAGCUGUAGAAGCUGUGUCUCCAAUGCAGCAAGAGAAGCCUUCUAUUUCAAGAUCAUGGUCACUUACAAAAAUGUUUACUCCUCGUAUCAAGAGAACAUCAUCUCUACCAGUUACCCCAAUUGGACAUUCAAAUGCAGAAUCUGUUUGUGGAGGAAAUCUUGGUGGUUUAGUUAUUGCAGAUACAAAAGGAGCCCAGCGUUCAAUAUCUCGCUCACUUUCAGUCCCUGUAGUCAACAAAGAGAGAAGAAUUAAGAGAAUGGAUUCAUUUUUCCGCAUAAUUCCAAAUCCUCGAGUGAAGGAAGGAGAUACAACUGUGUCAAAUACAAGUCCAACAGGAGAUGCCGAAAACAAUGAAGCAGAUCCUGAGGAUAUACCUGAAGAAGAGGCUGUUUGUAGAAUUUGUUUGGUCGAGUUAUGUGAAGGUGGUGAGACCCUCAAGAUGGAGUGCAGUUGUAAAGGCGAACUUGCAUUGGCUCACCAAGAAUGUGCUGUGAAAUGGUUUAGCAUCAAAGGUAACAAGAUCUGUGAUGUGUGCAGGCAAGAGGUUCAAAACUUACCAGUCACACUUUUACGGAUUCGAAGUGUUCGAAAUCCAAGUACUGGAGUAAAUAGAACCCCGCAGAUGGAAAUUAAUGGAUACAGGGUUUGGCAGGAAGUGCCUGUUCUCGUCAUUGUCAGCAUGCUUGCCUACUUUUGUUUUCUUGAGCAGCUUCUGGUUGGAAAAAUGGGUACUAGCGCGGUUGCCAUAUCUCUUCCAUUUUCUUGUGUAUUGGGUGUCCUUGCAUCCUUGACCUCAUCAACUAUGGUGCAGAGAAGAUUUGUCUGGGUUUAUGCAUCAAUCCAAUUCGCAUUUGUGGUUCUCUUCGCGCAUAUUUUCUACUCCUUGAUUCACGUGCAAGCAAUCCUAUCGAUCCUCCUUGCAACAUUCGCAGGGCUAGGCAUUGCUAUGAGCGGGAGUUCUAUUCUUGUUGAAUUUUAUAGAUGGAGAAGACGAUGGCAUUCUGGGUCAGACCCGCACCAGGACCCCCAAGUUAUGAUGCACCCGAGUCAAUUGCCUCAAACUACAAGAUCAUCCCAGUUAGGUCCUCAUCCCAACCAAAGCGAAAUAGAAAAUCCAGAAACUUUUAGUGGGAGCUAAAUUAGCACUUGAAAAUGACUGAUAAUUAUACGUUGUCAAGGAAAACUGGCAUAAAAGAAAGAGGAGAGGGAAGAAUCUGAUAUACUUUCACAGUUGUUUUUGGUUAGAGGGUUGGGUUGGGAUUUGGAUCCAAACACCGAUGGACUUGAAUUCAAGACCUCAACUAUUGAGGGGCUAACUGGACAAUUAGGUGUCAUUGAACCGCAUGGAUUUGGGCAACUCAUAACCAUUUGAAUUUUUACCGACACUUAAAAACAUUCCCUCUCUUUCGUCUAGGGGAAUCGCUGCCACACUAAAGAAAUUUCUAUGUUCGAAUAUGAUCGCCAUAUAUAUUAGACCAAUGGGAGUGACUAAUUAGAUGUGAUUUUGUGCUGUAUCUAGACCAGUUAUUUUUAUUUUUUGUGUUUUUGUGUUUUUGUUUUUGUUGUUUUUCAUGUUUUUAUUGGCCAUUUGGUCCUUUGUUAUGUAUGUUCUUUAAUUUGCGAAAAGUGUCCCUCUUGAUUUACUGUAAAUUUUAUCAGCCCUCAAUUUAAAACUGAUCAACA